CCCGUGACGUUCGUGCCGGUUUGUCGAAACGUCCGAUACGUCCGAUACGUCGUCCUUAUCGCGUUGUCGUUGAGCCCUCCUCGCAUCAGUUUCUUCAAAUACCAAAAAUCUCGUUCAGUAUCACAACGUAAUAAUUAAGUAUAAUCAAAUUAUCUCACCGAGCAGGAUACAAAUAAAUUGCUUUGAGAAUCGGAAAAAAAAGAAGAGAAAUAUAUCUUGUUGUACCCUGCUGCAUCGUGAUCUGGCUCUCGAAGAACGACGAAAGGUGCGAGAGAAGAGGCAGGCACAUUCGGAAAACAAAGAGGGUUGGUUUAUUUAGUGCGCGAGUUGUUACGAGAAUUUCAACUCCUUCGGAAAUUAUUAAAACGCGAAAGGUGUAUUGAAUAUAGCCCCGAGGGAUUUACGAAAAAAUAAUAUAUAAGUCGCGAGAAUCGCGAGAAUCGCGAGAAAGAAAAGAAAAGGCGAGUUGAAAAAUGCCAGCUAGAUUCGAGAGUGCGGCGAACGCACCUAUAGUACGGGAUCCAAGUUCGACGAACGGCGGUGGCGGUGGCGGUGGCGGUGGCGGCGACGGGGCAUACGCGAUGGAGAACGAUAUCGUUAUAACAGGAUUGUCCGGACGUCUGCCGGAAUCGUCAAACAUGGAAGAAUUCAAAGAUCAAUUGUUCGAGGGAAUAGAUUUGGUGACGGACGACGAGAGAAGAUGGCCGCGAAAUCUUCAUGGUUUGCCAGCGCGUACGGGAAAGCUCAAGGAUCUCAAACACUUUGACGCAACGUUUUUCGGAGUUCACGCCAAGCAAUCACAAGUAAUGGAUCCUCAAUUGAGAUUAUUGUUGGAAUGUACGCACGAGGCUAUAAUAGAUGCCGGAAUAAAUCCUGUUGAUCUGCGAGGUUCGAGAACGGGUGUGUUUAUCGGUGUUUCGGAUUCCGAGUCGGACGAAUAUUGGACCGCCGAUCCGGACAAGGUCAACGGUUACGGUCUUACCGGAUGUUGUCGGGCAAUGUUCCCGAAUCGUUUGUCGUACACGUUCGAUCUCAAGGGGCCCUCGUUCGCGGUCGAUACCGCGUGUUCAUCGUCGCUUUACGCGAUGCAUCAGGCAAUACUUGCGAUUAGAACGGGCGAGUGCGACGCGGCGAUCGUAGGAGGCAGCAAUCUCAUUUUAAAGCCUACGAGCUCCCUCCAAUUUCAUCGUUUGGGCAUGCUCUCGCAGGACGGUGAGUGCAAAGCUUUCGACGCUUCCGGCAACGGUUACGUCCGCUCCGAGGCGAUAGUAGUUAUUUUAUUACAAAAAUCACGGGACGCGAAGCGAGUUUACGGAACGGUAGUUAACUCAAAGACGAACGUCGAUGGGCACAAGGACAAAGGUAUUACCUUUCCGAGCGGUCCGAUGCAGAACAGACUCAUGAGGGAGAUAUACGCCGAAUCCGGUAUCGAUCCGAGGGAGGUCGUUUACGUCGAGGCCCACGGAACCGGUACCAAAGCCGGUGAUCCGGAAGAGGUUAACUCGAUCGCCGAUUUAUUUUGCAAAGAUCGCAAGGAUCCGUUGCUCCUCGGAUCCGUUAAAUCGAACAUGGGUCAUUCGGAGCCUACGAGCGGUCUUUGCUCCCUCGCAAAAGUAUUGAUCGCGAUGGAAGCCGGUGUAAUACCGGCAAAUUUACACUUCAAAGAGGCGAAUCCCGAGAUACCGGCAUUGAAAGACGGAAGAAUACGGGUGGUCGAUCGGCCGACAGCCUGGAACGGUGGCCUCGCCGCUAUAAAUUGUUUCGGAUUCGGAGGUGCGAACGCUCAUAUUUUAAUACGGAGCAAUUUCAAACCGAAAUUGUCACCGGUCCCCGUUAACGUUGGAAUACCAAAAAUUGUGCUCGUUUCGGGGCGUACCGAACAGGCCGUCGAUUAUCUUCUCGAACGUACGAGACAGGAGGAGAACGACGAUGAAUUUAUUUCCCUUAUACGCGGCGUGCACGAGAAAAAUAUAGCGGGACACGGUUGGAGGGGUUACGAGAUUCUCGGCGGAGAUACGAAUCGCGAGAUAACCGGUGAAUCGGUGUCAUCGGUAAAACGACCAAUUUGGUACGUAUUCUCGGGGAUGGGAUCCCAAUGGGCCGGUAUGGGUAGACAGAUGUGGCCGAUCGAGCCCUUUCAAAGGGCCCUUAGAAGAUGCGCCGAGGCCCUUAAAACGGAAGGCGUCGAUCUGUUGGAGCUCGUGCACAACGGUACGAACGAGACGUUCGAGGACGUACUGUACAGUUUUGUCUCGAUAGCGGCUAUUCAGGUGGCUCUGGUGGAUGUAUUGAGGACGAUGGGCAUCGAACCGGACGGUAUCGUCGGGCAUUCGGUCGGUGAGCUCGGCUGUGCUUACGCGGACGGUACAUUUACACCGGAACAGACGGUAUUGGCGGCUUAUUGGCGUGGUAAAUCAAUUCAGGAGGCUAAAUUACCGCCGGGAGCGAUGGCCGCGGUCGGCCUCGGCUGGGACGAUACGGCAAAACGUUGCCCGCCCGACAUAUUUCCCGCUUGUUACAACGGCGCCGAUUCCGUAACCGUUUCCGGCCCGGUCGAUUCUAUAGCAAUGUUCGUCGAGAGCCUAAAGAGCAACGACAUAUUUGCCAAAGUUGUCGACAGCUCCGGGGUAGCUUUUCACAGCAAAUACAUAGCCUCGGUCGGACCUAAACUACGGGAGUACCUCGAGAGGAUAAUACCGAACGCGAGGCCGCGUUCAUCGAGAUGGAUCUCGAGCUCGUUACCCGAGAGCGCUUGGAGCACCCCGCUCGCUCAGUACAGCUCGCCGGCUUAUCACGUAAACAAUAUAUUGUCACCGGUACUGUUUCACGAGGCGAUCCAACGCGUACCCGAGAACGCUAUCGUCGUCGAGAUAGCGCCUCACUGCUUGCUCCAAGCUAUUCUUCGUCGCUCGUUGCCCAACACGGUAACCAAUGUCGGACUCAACAAGCGCGAUCACACCGACAAUCUUGGAUUCUUCCUUUCGAGUAUUGGCAAAUUUUAUAACGCCGGUGGCCAACCUAUCAUCAGCAGGCUAUAUCCACCGGUUAGCUAUCCCGUUGGACGAGGCACUCGUAUGUUGGGCUCCUUGAUAAAAUGGGAUCAUUCGGUCGAGUGGGACGUUGCUGAUUUUUCUGGACGUUCCGGCAAUUCCGGCCGGACCCUCGUAGAAAUUGAUCUUUCGAAAGAGACCGACGCCCAUUACGCCGGUCAUACGAUAGACGGUAGAAUUCUCUUUCCCGCAACCGGUUAUCUCACCCUCGUAUGGAAAACUUUCGCCAAGCUUAGAAACACCGAUUACGAAAAUUUGCCGGUCGUCAUCGAGAACGUACAAUUUUUGCGAGCGACCAUUAUGUCGAAAGAUGGAGGUACCCCCGUUCGUUUUUUCAUAAACAUAUUCGAGGGUACCGGCGAUUUUGAGAUCUGCGAAGGUGGAACGCCCGCCGUAAUUGGCAAAAUUCGAGCCUCCGAAAACAUCGAUACGGAUCAAUUGAAUUUACCGAUACCACCACCACCACCACCGUCAUCAUCCACAAUUACCGAUCCUGAAACGCUCUCACCUCUAUCCACGGCCGACGUAUACAAGGAUCUUCGUCUGCGCGGUUACGAUUAUACCGGAAUAUUUCAGGGAAUAAAAACUUCGGACAAUCGCGGAUCGGUUGGUAAGCUCGCUUGGAACGAAGAUUGGGUUUCCUUUAUCGACACGAUGCUGCAAUUCGGUAUUCUUGGCAAAAAUACCCGCAAUCUUUAUUUACCAACGCGCCUCCAGUAUACCGCCAUUAACCCCCUCAAGCACAAACAAUUGGCGGCUAAUUUGCUCAAGGACGAGGGUAUCCCCGUUUACAAUUAUUCGAACGUUGACAUAAUCAAAUCGGGUGGGAUCGAAUUACGCGGAAUGAAAGCAUCCCUGGCGCCCCGAAGACAACAGCUUCAAUCCUCGCCCAAACACGAGAGAUAUCUCUUCGUUCCUUAUGACAAUUCUCAGGUUCUCGUUGAAGAUCCCGAUAAAGCCAAGACUCACGCGUUGACCGUUCUCUUGGAAAUUGUCCUCGAGAAUUUCGGCGCUUUGAAGAUCAAAGCUGUCGAGGUUACCGGGGAUCGGAAUCCCGAGGCCCUUCUCGCUCCUCACGUCGUAGAUAUCUUCCACUCGCAGCCCGAUAUCAACGUGGAGCUACAAAUAGCCUCGAUGCUAACGGACAACUAUACCGCGCUCGCCGAACAGUUAAAAAUGAAUACGGUUGCCCGAGACGUAAGGAAAGCGCCGGUGGGUCAAGAUCUACAAUUGGUCGUCGCAGCGGAUGUCUUGAGCAACGGUGAAUCAGGAAUAUUGAAAAAUCUAGCGAGUUCCCUGAAAUUGGGCGGUUACGCGCUUCUCGAGGAGACCGGCGGUGCGAACAACAUUGAGACAAAGUCGAUCGUCAACGGAACGGGCCUUUUGACAGUCGCCAAGCAAACGGCUCCCGGAAAGAGUUAUAUACUUUUGAAGAAGGAGGAAAACAACGCGGAACCGAUAAUCAUUCAGAUUACGGAGAAAAAUUUCUCGUGGCUCGAGGGUGUUAAAGCGGCAUUAAAAAAAUCAGAAACUGAGAAUGAAAAAGUACUGCUCGUUAGCCAAGGUGAAGAAUUACUCGGUCUCGUCGGUCUUAUGAAUUGUAUAAGACGCGAAGUUGGAGGGAUGAACGCGCGUUACGUAUUUAUUCAAGACAAAAAUGCUCCAAAGUUCAAUCCGAGCUCAAAAUUCUACAGUGAACAAUUGGACAAACAAUUGAUGGCGAAUGUUCUCAAGGGCGGACGGUGGGGUAGUUAUCGUCAUUUACGGCUCGAUCAACAGAGCGACGCUCCCUCUUUGCAGGUCGAGCACGCUUAUGUAAAUGCUCUUGUCAGAGGUGACCUCAGUAGUCUUGGAUGGAUCGAAGGACCCCUCAGUUAUUAUCGACCGGAGAAAUAUCCAAACACGGAAUUGUGUACCGUUUAUUACGCACCGCUCAACUUUCGGGACAUAAUGCUGGCAACCGGUAAACUACCACCGGAUGCUUUGCCGGGUGAUCUGGCGGGUCAGGAUUGCAUUUUGGGUUUAGAGUUUACGGGACGCGACAGCAAGGGUCGUCGGGUUAUGGGAAUGGUAGCCGCAAGAGGAUUGGCAACUACGGUCUUGGCCGAUCCGGGUUUCAUGUGGCAAGUACCGGAUAAAUGGAGCCUCGAAGAGGCAGCAACGAUACCGGUAUGUUACGCGACCAGUUAUUACGCCCUGGUCGUUCGUGGACGUCUAAAACCGGGCGAAAGCAUUCUUAUACACGCGGGAUCGGGCGGAGUGGGUCAAGCAUCGAUAGCCAUCGCCCUUCAUGCAGGUUGCAAAGUAUUCACGACCGUCGGAUCCCAAGAGAAGCGAGAUUUUAUAAAAAGAACGUUCCCUCAAUUGACCGACAAUAAUAUCGGCUGUUCUCGCGACACGAGCUUCGAACAGCUCGUACUUUCCGAGACGAAUGGCCGCGGAGUUGACGUCGUUCUCAAUUCUUUGGCGGAGGAAAAACUUCGUGCGAGCGUACGUUGUCUCGCCAAGGACGGACGAUUCCUCGAAAUCGGUAAAUUCGAUCUUUCCAACGACAGUCCUCUGGGCAUGUCGUUCUUCCUCAAAAACACGAGCUUCCACGGUAUCCUUUUGGAUGCUCUGUUCGAGACCGAUAGCGCCGACAAAAGGGAGGUUGUGAGACUCGUCAGCGAAGGAAUUAAAAACGGCGCGGUAAAACCUCUACCGGCCACGGUAUUCUCGGAACAACAGAUCGAGCAGGGUUUCAGAUUCAUGGCUACCGGUAAACACAUUGGUAAAGUUUUGAUCAAAAUACGGGAGGAGGAGGAGGAGGAGGAGGAAUGUAAAAUGAAGUCGACGCUUCUUCCACCGGGCAACAAAACCGUAGCUGCGAUUCCACGAACUUAUAUGAAUCCCGACAAGUCUUACGUUCUCGUUGGUGGCCUCGGAGGCUUUGGACUCGAAUUAGCCGACUGGUUGAUCACUCGGGGAGCUCAAUACAUCGUCCUCGUAUCUCGCUCGGGUGUUAGAACCGGCUAUCAGGCAUUGUGCAUUCGUCGCUGGCGGGAAAUGGGAAUAAAGGUAAUCGUAUCUACGACGGACGUAACCAGUUUGAGCGGAGCUGAAAAACUUAUCGCGGAAGCAAACAGAAUUGCUCCCGUCGGUGGUAUAUUCAAUCUUGCGGCUGUUCUUCGGGACGCUCUCAUCGAGAAUCAGGACGAAGCCAAUUUCAGAGCUGUUGCUUUGCCAAAAAUCGAUGGAACCAAACAUUUGGACACCGUUUCGAGAAGGUUGUGUCCCGCUCUCGAUUACUUUGUUGUAUUUUCGUCCAUCUCGUGCGGACGCGGUAACCUCGGACAGACUAAUUACGGACUCGCCAACUCUGCCAUGGAGCGAAUCGUAGAACAUCGACAGGCGAAUGGAUUGCCCGGAUUGGCGAUUCAGUGGGGCGCGAUCGGCGACGUUGGCCUCAUUCUUGAAAUGAUGGGCCUGAAUAACACGGAAAUCGGUGGUACGUUGCCACAACGAAUCUCGAGUUGUCUCGCAACGAUGGACACGUUCCUGCAACAACCCCAUCCGGUAUUGGCAUGUAUGGUCCUGUCGGAUAAAGACAAUCUUGGUAACAGUGCGAAACAGGUCGGCUUGUUGGAAGCGGUUGGUAACAUAUUGGGAAUAAAAGACGUGACGAAUAUAAAUUCGAACAAUAGCCUGGCGGAUCUAGGAAUGGAUUCUCUAAUGGGGACGGAAAUAAAACAAACAUUGGAACGACAUUACGAUCUUGUACUUUCCGCCCCGGAAAUUCGAGGUUUGACUUUCGGUAAGCUCCGGGAAAUGUCAAUCGGAGCUAGUACCGCCGGUGGUGAACAACAGCAGCCUGGUGGAAGCUUGCCGAGUUCCCCAAAAAAAGAAAUCCCCUCGUCAGGUCCAAUACAAAAUUUCGAAUCUCUUCUCUUCCGGUGUUCCGACAACGAGCUCGUACCCAAACAACCUCUCGUACAAUUGGAAUCACGGGCCGCUGCCAGCAACAAAAACGAGGCUCAACCUGUUUUCUUCGUUCAUGCGAUCGAGGGCUCCGUUUCCGCUAUGAAAACUUUGGCAUUUGAAAUCGAUCGACCUGUAUGGGGACUCCAGUGCGCCAAAGACGUACCUGUCGAAUCGAUGGAGGGAUUAGCGGAGUUUCACGUUGCCCAAAUGAAGAGCCUUCGACCCAAAGGACCGUACACGAUCGUCGGAUAUUCUUUCGGAGCAUGCGUCGCAUUCGAAAUGGCCCUUCAGCUCGAAGCACGGGGUGAACGGUGUACGCUUUACCUCUUGGAUGGCUCACCCGAGUAUAUUACACUACAAUCCGCGGCCAUUGGCAAAAAUGUUAUUGAUACCGGAAGCGAACUCAUGAGCAUUGGUUUCUGCAAGGCUCUUGCCUUCUUCGCCCGAGAAUUGAAUCCUGACCUCACUUUUGCCCGGGCUUAUAAUACACUGAAGGAUCUCAAAACCAACGAUGCCAUGAUGGAAAAAAUGUUGGAGCUUCUUAGCGGAACGCCAUUCGAAGUCGCGGACUUGAAAGACGCGGCAACCCUAUUUUUCAAAAAAUUACUAGUGGCCAAUCUCUAUAAACCCGCAAGCAAAUUUCGGGGUCCGAUCACUUUGUUCAAAGUGAAGGAAAACUUUCUCUCGAUAAACGACGAUUACGGUUUAACGGAGAUAUGCGACGAGACUGUAAGCGUGCGAGAGCUCGACGGCAACCAUAGGAAUAUUCUUACCGGAGAAAGUGCGAAAGAGAUAGCGCGGUUAAUAAACAUUUGAGACGAGGACUUUGGGGGAAGAGCGAAAAAGCACAAAAGACACAAAGCAGGUUCGAAAAAGAGGCGAACGAAGAAGUAAUGGUCUAUUAUUCCAUGUUCCCGUGUGAUGGCGGUGAAGUUUCGAGAAUAAAUAUAUACGAGAACGAGAAGACGAUAGGAAUUAAAAAAUCAAGCUCAUUCAUUCAACGGCUAUAAAUCAUUAAAGUUCUUUUUGUAUGAUGAGAGGCGAAAGAAACGAACAUGACAUUUUUCGACUUAAGGAUUUUCAUUAUUAUAGAAAGAAAAAGAAAAAAGAAAAAAGAAAAAAGAAAAAAGAAAAAUACCCCAUGAAUUAUUUUUAUUCGUCAUUCCCGAAUGAGCGUGUGAUAGUUUUAGUUGUUUAAGUCUACGGUAGUGUCUUUGUUCGUUGUUUAUAUUUUUUGGCGUCGACGAUGCAUAAAAGACGAAUGGAAAAACAUUAUUGGGACAAGUGCGGCUAAUCCGGGUACAGACAGUUUCCGUAUGAUUAUCAAUUCCAAUAAAUUAGUUCCGUGCCCAAAUAAUUAAUAUAACUAUAAUUAUUGUAAAAUAAAAUGAACUUAGGACGAAUAA